UCUCCACCUUAAAACAAAUAACUGACAAACGGCUGCUUAAAUAUUGCCACUAAAAAUUUGCAAGACUGCAUACUUAACGGCACAAUUCAUCCAUCGUCUUCUCUUGACUGGGUCGCGUCUUAUCUGAAGAUGGGUUCUCUCCAAGUCCUUGUUUGUCUGCUGGGUCUGUUUGUCCUGUGUCACUCUGACUGCUCCUUCCAGGAGUUGGUGACUAAAGAUCUGAAAAACCCUCCAAAAGGGUGUGUGGAUAAAGAUGGAAAGCAGCAUGCUUUUGGCUCUGAAUGGGUGAGAGACUGCCAGGACUGUUUUUGCACAAAAGAGGGUUUGAGCUGCUGCAGCAAGUUCCCUGAUCCAGACAGCGUAGACCUCCCUGAAGAGUGUGAGCUGGUUGUUGAUAAGGUGGCCUGCUCUGCCAAAAUGGUCCUGAAGUCAGACAAAACAAAAGAGUGUAGUCCUCUCUGAACUCAUAAAGUAAACUCCACAAAUUGGAGUAAUCAAUUUUAUGUUUCACCACUUCUCAACUUGAUUAAGAUGUGCUCCUACAUUACCUACCAUUGUUAAGUACCCUUGCUUAACAAAAUCCACAACCUUACCAAUGAAAUACUUUAUCUGUCAUGUUUUAAAUUUAGUAGCAAUAAAAUUAAAAGCUAUUCCA